AUCGAUUGCCGUACGUCAGAAUGGUCUUCAUGGUCUCCUUGCGAGAAAGUUAAAGAGACGCAGAAAAUAAAAGAUGAUGGUCACAAUGAUAAAUGCGGAACUGGCAUCAGCAGAAGAGCGAAAGUGGUAACACAGUCUCCAAAAAAUGGAGGUGCCCCAUGUGGAAUGCUCGAGGAACAGCGUGCUUGCUUCAUUGACAAUAAAGCCUGCGAAUCAGCCAUAGAAGUUGCGAAUCUCGUAUCCUACACAUAUCACCAUACGCGCGCACGAGGCUACAAGAAGAAGACGUAUUACGAGGUACCACGACUUAUGGAAAAAUACAAAGUUCAUAAAAAUUACUGUUCGUUGUUUACACUCAUUUGGCUGAACCCGGCCUGCGACGACGUGGACCUCACAGAGACGUUAAAAGUAGGGAUUAGCAUAUGUGCAGAAUGCCAGACAGGUGCUCAUCGAAAACAACCCAAUGGAACCUGCAUCGGUGAUGGAGUUCAGUACACGUCAACAAUGUGGAAUAUGCUUUAUACAAGACGGUGUUACGGCUAUUGGAGAAAACUGCUCGAUUCGACCGACUGCGACUGCGCAACGUUUUACCCGGAAAUGCCAAAAUAUUUGUUUGUGUGAUA